AUGGCUGCCAAGUCGGACGGGCUGUUAAAGAUGAAGAAGAAGAGCGACGUGGCUUUUACCCCUUUGCAGAAUUCGGAGCACUCAUGCUCGAAGCAGCAGCAGGACCAUGGACAGCAGCAGCAGCAACAGCAGCAGGAGGAGGACGAGCACGAGCAGGAACGGGAAAGGGUGAGCGCAGCGCCCGGCUCAGCGGAGCUGUCUUCCCGCUGUUGCACGGGGCUGUGCCGGGGUCGCUGCCUGCCUUUCGCCCGCCACCAGAGGUACACUCUAUGGGACGGCCUGUGGAUCGUGGCCGCGGUCACUGUCUACUUCUCCGACAUUGGCACGGACGUGUGGCUGGCCGUGGACUAUUACCUGCAUUCCCGUUACUGGUGGUUCGGAUUGACUCUGUUCUUCGUGGUGCUGGGCUCCCUCGCCGUGCAGGUCUUCAGUUUCAGAUGGUUCAUCCACGAUUUCGGCGCUAACAACGGAGCCGGCGGCCGAAGCAGCAGCCCCAUGGAUGGCAAGUUACUGAGCAGCGUUGGGGGAGGCGGCGAGACCGACGCCCGAUCUCCACAACGUCAGCCUUCAACGACCAGGACCAAGAAUAUCGGCAAAGGCAGCAAGGCAUCUUCAUGUUCCUUCUGCAUCUGGCUUCUACAGUCAAUCAUCCACAUCCUUCAGCUGGGACAGCUCUGGAGGUAUUUGCGCACUAUAUAUCUUGGUAUCCGAAGCCGUCGGAGUGGGGAGCUUGACCACUGGCGAUUUUAUUGGAAGAUGGUGUAUGAAUAUGCAGAUGUAAGUAUGUUACAUCUGUUGGCGACAUUUUUGGAAAGUGCUCCACAGCUUGUGCUGCAGUUGUGCAUCAUUAUUCAGAGGAACGGGGGCCCAAACAUACUUCCAGGCCUUACAGCUGCAGUAUCCCUUGUGUCCUUGGCCUGGGCCUUGGCUUCCUAUCAGAAAGCUCUUCGUGAUUCCAGGAAUGAUAAAAAACCCAUCAGCUACAUGGCUGUUAUCAUUCAGUUCUGUUGGCAUUUCUUCACUAUUGCAGCCAGAGUUAUCACCUUUGCCUUGUUUGCAUCAGUUUUCCAGCUCUAUUUUGGGAUCUUCAUUGUCUUGCAUUGGUGCAUCAUGACUUUCUGGAUUGUUCAUUGUGAAACAGAGUUCUGCAUAACCAAGUGGGAGGAGAUUGUAUUUGACAUGGUUGUAGGAAUAAUUUAUAUUUUCAGUUGGUUCAAUGUUAAAGAAGGAAGAACUCGGUGUCGACUUUUUAUCUACUACUUUGUAAUCCUCUUGGAAAACACUGCCUUGAGUGCACUGUGGUAUUUGUACCGAGCACCUCAAAUAACGGAUGCUUUUGCCAUACCAGCGCUUUGUGUUGUCUUUAGUAGUUUUUUAACUGGAAUCGUUUUUAUGUUGAUGUACUAUGCCUUUUUUCAUCCAAAUGGACCAAGGUUUGGCCAGUCACAAAGGUGUGCUUGCAAGGAGCCUGUGGCCACUUUCAAUUUGCCUGCAGAGACAGCAGCAAGUGCUUUGAGGCCUGUGACCCAAAACAGGGAACAGAAAUUCACAGAAAGGGAUGGUAGCAUGCCUGUUUUUCAGGUUAGAUCUACUGCACCCUCUACGCCAUCUUCUCGCACCCCAAGGAUAGAAGAAACAGUGAUCAAAAUUGACCUUUUGAGAAACAAGUAUCCAGCAUGGGACAGACAUGUUUUGGACAGAAGUCUACGAAAGGCUAUCCUUGCUUUUGAAUGGGCAUCUUCUCCACCUCAACUUCAGUACAAGGAUGAAGCCCUCAUUGAAGAACGGUUGGAAUAUGAAACAACUCUGUAAUAAGUUAACACAUUGUUUUAUUAAGAAAAUCUG